AUGCCCUCCUCCCUCGCCGACUACCUCGCAAAAAAUUACCUCACCGCAGACCCCGUCCCCGAACGCCCCAAGAAAAAGCGAAAGAAGACCAAACAACCCACCGAAGAUGCCAGCACCGGCCUCAUAAUCGCCGACGAUGACCCCCCGGACCUACGCAGCACCAAUACCGGCAUUGAUGACGAUGAAGAAGGGCCCGCAAUGGUAACGGGAACGCGGAGCGCGGAGUUUCGACGCGCGAAGAAAUCCGGCUGGAAGACUAUCGGUGGACCGACAGAGGACAAAGACACAGCAGAUGCGAUUCUGGCAUCCGCCGCGGCGGAACGCGAUGCGGCGCGGAAAGAGGCUGGGGAUGAUGAGGACGAGCCUAUGAUUGAGGGGCAGAUGGAAGAGGACGAUGGGGGGAUGAAGAUGGAGUCUGGGGCAAGGGCGGGUUUACAGACUGCCGAGCAGACGGCCGCUAUGGUCGCGGAGCAGGAACGGCGGAAAAAACUUGAGGCUGCGAAGUAUAAGGACAGGCCGCAGGAAGCGCAGGAGACUAUCUACCGUGAUGCAUCGGGUCGGAUUAUCAACGUUGCUAUGAAGCGUGCGGAGGCGCGGCGCGCGGAACAGGAGAAACGUGAGAAGGAGGAGAAGGCUAAGGAGGAUCUUAUGGGUGAUGUGCAGCGCCAGGAGCGUGAGGAGCGCAAGCAACAAUUACAAGAAGUGCGAUCGAUGCCGGUGGCGCGGACGGUAGAGGAUGAGUCGCUGAAUGACGAGCUUAAGGCACGACAGCGAUGGGAUGAUCCGGCGGCGGCGUUCUUGACCAAUACUGGAGGAGGUGGAACGAGUACUACGGGGAAGCCUUUGUAUAAGGGGAGUUUCCAGCCGAAUCGGUAUGGGAUUCGGCCGGGGCACCGGUGGGAUGGGGUUGAUCGGGGGAAUGGGUUUGAGAAGGAGUGGUUUGCGUCGAGGAAUAAGAAGGGGAGAAUCGAGUCGUUGGAGUACCAGUGGCAGAUGGAUGAAUAG